AUGUCAUCUUCGGAGAACAACCAGAACAUUAAUUUUAUUGAUGGGCUUCGGAUCAGCACCUCGGCUGAGGUCAUCGAUGAUCGAUAUGAAGCACAGGAUUCAGCUCGCCCACAUGACACUUUGGAAGACAUCAUGAACUACACGUCUGCAAUGGAGCAAGACGAGGACGAGCUGGGCCCCGUCGACACGGAGAUUCCAGCAGAGUUUCUCGUUGCUUUCCAGGCUUUUUCUAACCCGCAGCACACCGUUGGCCAAGAGGGUAAUCAACGCCUACCCACACGUGCACAGUUCAUGAACCCUGAGAACGCCAAUGGUCUACUUGCACUUUCCGACCCGCGCACUGAAGCGCGCCCAACCGAUGUGUGUGCAAUCUGCCAUGAGGCUAUGGAUGAAUUGGAUAAGGCCGUCGUAGUCGUACCCUGCGGCCACAUGUUCGAUCGUUCCUGUGUAAUGACUUGGCUCGACAACCCUAUUACUACUUGUGGAACCUGCCCUCUUUGUCGUCGAAAUCUGUUCAAGGACGUGCCAUCCCAAGAAGCGUCAAUUGAAAACCUCCUCGAGGAAAUUGAUCGUCUGAGCGAGCGGCGGAACCUGUCUAGUAAUGCGGAGGACCGUCGCAUGCUCGGUGAUUGGAUUGAAGACGCUUAUGAGGAGCUUGGUCGCCGUGACUAUGAGAGCUUUCGUCUUCUCGCAGAGGGGGAGGAGGUUUCGGGCAUUUCGAAUGGUCCUAAUGAAGCUCAGUUGGCUAAUUUCAUUGCUGAGUGGGUUGAUGACGAGGUUCUAGAUAGGGCCGGCCCUGAAGCUAGGCUUUUUCGCUAUACGAUUGAGCAUAUCGAGCAGUUGAGCCGUCGCCGCGCCGAGCGCACCGGCGGAGCUCCAGAUGCUUCUUGA